AUGCCCACAAAAUCAGCCAAACGAUUAGUUCCCGGGAGCCCUGCAAAGAGCCCCGGAAGACCUCGUAAGAGCGCACCAACCGAACCAGCCGCAGGACCAGCCGAAGCAUCCCCAAGCGCAGCGCGCAAGUCAACAGCUGGCAUAAAAGUGACAAAAGUUAAAGCAAAGCGAACAUCCAAUGUCCAACCCGGUGAUCCGACACCCACAGGCCGUCGUCGCCGAUACAAGCCCGGCACCGUCGCAUUGAAGGAAAUUCGCCGCUAUCAACGCUCCUACGACCUCCUCAUCGCUAAGCUUCCAUUCGCACGUCUCGUUCGCGAAGUCGCACUUGACCUCCUCCCCGCAGAGGUGGGCGCCACGUUGCGCUGGCAAUCCAUGGCUAUCCAGGCAUUGCAGGAGGCUGCGGAAGCUUUCCUCGUACAUUUGUUCGAGGAUACCAACCUUUGCGCGCUGCAUGCGAAACGAGUUACCAUUAUGCAAAAGGACAUUCAGCUUGCGCGCAGGAUUCGGGGAGUUUGGGCUGGUCUCGGCUAA